AUGCAGGAUCUCCUCAAUCACCCUACAAAUGAUUACCUGAGUGCACUUCGUGCAGCCAUCAGGUGCAUCAAAAACCCUAACCUGCAUCACACAAAGGUUUUGCACAAUGCAAUCAAUACAGUAGGGACUGAUGAAGAUGCUCUGACCUGUGUGAUUGUCACACGAGUAAAAAAGGAUCUGAAGACGAUCAGUGAGCUGUAUCUCAAGAGGAACAAUGUGAGUCUCGAUCAAGCCUUAGCGAAAGAGACAUUAGGGGACUACAAGACUUUUCUUCUAGCCUUGCUAGGACAUUUAGAAACUUAA